AUGACGAGUAAUGUGCAGCAUAAGCAGGGGUCAAUUGCUCUCAUAUUUUGGAUGCUCUUUAUUUUUGUUCUUUUCCCGCUGGCAAAGAUUCAUGAGGUGAUGCCGCAGAGCUCUUGCGCCACACGAGCAGAAAUAGGCAGUACUAGGCCCCUUGAGCCGUUCUCGUGCGACAUCGCUUACUUGACCACGCGCGCACCUUGCUUUUACACUGUCCAAGCGUUCGACGACACCAGAUUUGAGGCCACUAAGCUAGUGGCAUUUGUCAUCACUGAUGGUGGAACUUUCGUCUACGAAUGUCAAAUGAUUGAGCUGAGUGAGAAAAUUUCUUUUCAAAUGUUGCAAAAGCUUCGGCCUGUUUCUGACGCGCCUCAAAGCUCACAGUCACUCGAGACUGACAACAUGAUCUCGUACGGAAACAGAUCCUCCAAGGGCUUGCGACAAUUUUUCUUGUUCAAAAAAUACUUUCGAUGUGGAUUCUAG